GAUACUCUCUCUUUCUUUCUCAAGCCACCACCACUGCUUUCCCUGACUCUAUCUUUAUCUUCAUUCUCAUGCUAUCUUAUGCAUCACUUCUUUGACUUCUUUCAUCUCCCUAUGCCACCAGUAUCCACUACUGUAUCUUUUUCCUCAUCGCCACAGCUCCUAAGAGAUCCUCACUCUCUCUCUCUCUCCAAAAACCCUCCGUGAACCACCACCUUCAAUUAGUGAAUAUUCAUAUUCACAGUCACUCAUGCAAUUCAUCUAUAAAUCAUCAGUUGCUGUGAUUGCUCUUUUUCGUUGUCCUUGUCCAUAAACCAAGUGAAGAGACACUGGUCUGUCAUUUUCAUCUCCUCCUCCUCCUCCUCUCUCUCUCUCUCUCUCUCUCUCUCUCUUCCAUGAACUACGAGCUUUAUUCUUGAACUUUUUCCAUCCGCACAAUCGAUGAACUACUUCCUAUAUAGUACCAGUUGCUCUAACUUAAUCUCCAUUCGACAACCACUUACAAGAUGUAUUGAUCAUCACCUCUCUCUCUCUCUCUCUCUCUCUCAUGUGUGUAAUAAAAAUAAUUAUACACGUUUUGAUAAUUCUUUAUCACAACCUCUCAGAGAUACACUACCCCUCUUUCUGUAAACCACCAUUUACUAUUACUCUUACCUCCAUCUUCAUUCCCACAGCACCGCAAGGAGAAAUUCAUAAUUUUUACUUGUCUCUCAACAGCAGGAGAGGUAAGUCAUCAAAAUGGCUGGAACUACAUGCUAUGUUCAUAUUGAUGACUUGCCUGAUAUAAUUCUCUCAAACAUAUUUUCCUUGAUCUCCGACACUCGAACCCGCAAUGCCAUGUCCCUUGUAUGCCGCAAAUGGCAUUCUUUAGAGCGCUCAACGCGAACCUCUAUUGCACUUCGAGGAAACAUAAAAGACCUAUUCCUCGUCCCUACUUGCUUCUGGGCUGUCACUGAUAUUGACCUCUCACUCCUCUCCCCUUGGGGUAACCCACUCCUAGAUUACUCCCCAAAGUCAAUUCUCAGUGCUAACCUCCUCUCCAAGGCCUUCCCUUCUGUUAUUUCUCUUACUGUAUGUGUUCGAAAUCCUUCUAUUCUUCAUCUUCUUGCACCUCAAUGGCCCAAUCUUCGCUAUGUCAAGCUUGUUAGGUGGCACCAACGCUUGUCAGCUCCCCUCGGCUCUGAUAUCAUCCCACUGCUCGAGCAUUGCCAUUCACUUUCAUCCCUUGAUCUAUCAAACUUCUAUUGCUGGACAGAAGAUCUCCCACCAACUCUCAAGGCUCACCCUUGGGUAUCGGCCUCUCUCACCCAUCUUAACAUGCUAAAUCAUUCUUUGUUCGAAGGUUUCAAGUCCCAUGAGCUUCUUGCCAUUACUGCUUCCUGUCCGAAUCUCAGCCAGCUUCUUGCCUUGUGCUUGUUUGACCAUAGAUACAUUGACUUUGUUGGAGAUGAAACUCUAUUAGCUCUUGCUUCAAAUUGUCCCAGCCUUUCCCUCCUUCACCUGGCUGAUAUUUCUUCCUUGUCUGGUGCCAGACGGCCCAGACCUGACCUAGAUGAUGUUGGGUACACUUCUGAAGACGCUAACUUCAGAAUUACUAUGUUGGAGGACAUAUUCGCUAGCUUGCCAUUGCUUGAAGAAUUGGUUCUUGAUGUAUGCGAAAAUGUUAAAAGUACCUGGCCAGCAUUGGAGCUUCUUAAUGCCACGUGCUCCCGACUUAAAUCUCUAAAGCUGGGACAUUUCCUUGGGAUUUGUCGGGAAGUAGAUUCUUGGCCAGAUGGGGUGUCACUCUGCAAAGGUUUGGAAUCAUUGUCCAUCAAGAACUCAGAUGACUUGACUGAUUCUUGCCUGAUAGCUAUCUCCCUUGGCUGUCCCAAAUUGGUCAAGUUUGAGGUUGAGGGGUGCAAGAAGAUCACUGCAAUGGGGAUAAGAAAACUGGCUUGUGUCCUUCAACAAACUCUUGUGGAAGUAAAAAUCUCAUGCUGCAAACAUCUCAAUACUAAACGCUCAAUAUGGGCGUUGGAACCAGUUCAAAAGCACAUACGGAAACUGCACCUCGAUUGUGUGUGGGAAAGCAUCCAACCGUCACAAGGAAAUGCCAGCAAUUCAUACCAAUUUGCAGGAAUUCCAAAAUUAGGCAGAGGAAAAAGAAAUGUCAUUCCUGAAGAAACAAGCUUGAAGAAAAAAGACGAAUACUUAGACACAAACUGCCCUAAAAUUGGAGGCAAUAGCAAAGAAUUCUUUAAAAGGUCUUGGGCGCGCCUGCAACAUCUCUCCCUUUGGAUUCCUGUGGGUGAUCUUUUGAAUCCUCUAUCAUCUGUGGGGUUAGAAAAUUGCCCUGUGCUAGAAGAAAUACAAAUAAGAGUCGAGGGUGAUUGCAGGAAUCAACGAAGACCUUCCGUGUGUGCAUUUGGAUUGAGCACCCUUGCAUGUUAUCCUCAACUGUCGAAGAUGCAUUUGGACUGUAGUGGUGCAAUAGGGUAUGCUCUUACUGCUCCUUAUGGGCAUAUUGAUCUGAGCAUAUGGGAACGGUUUUUCCUUUAUGGGAUUGGGAAUUUGAAUCUCUCCGAACUCAAUUAUUGGCCUCCACAGGACAAGGAUUUCAAUCAGCGGAGCCUCUCUCUCCCUGCAGCAGCCUUGCUAGCAGACUGCACUAGUCUUAGAAGGCUUUUCAUACAUGGCACAGUGAAUGAACACUUCAUGAUGUUUCUUCUGAAAAUACCAAAUCUAAGGGAUGUACAGUUGAGAGGAGAUUACCACCCAGCACCGGAUUAUGAUACAACUACAGAGUUGCGAGCAGAUUCCUGCCGUCGUUUUGAGGAUGCCUUGAAUAGUCGUCACAUCCAAGACUGAAAGCAGUCUGACAAAACUUUCAUCCUCAAUACAAAUUCCUUGUUUCCCACCUCAACUCAUAAACGUUGAGGCAAUGUAUUAUGAUAAAGUGUGAAUUUAGGAAAAUGCAAUGAUACUUUUCCUGAGAACUAAAUCCACCAGUCCAAUACAUAUGGAACACAAUUCCAGAAUUUUUAGAGCCUCCUCUUCAUCUGCUAACUUAGUCCUAAAGUCUAUCCUAGAUGUGAUCAGAGGCAAACUGACGACUAUGCGAUCAAGAUUUUCCAGUGUCUGUACACGAAUCAUGCUUGAAUGGGAUCUUCCCUAUACUUUGUUUGAUGCCAUUCCAUCCCACCAGAUAAUUAAUGCUGGCUUUCACUCAGCCAAUGUCUGAAACAGAGUUCUCCCAAUUAGAACAACAGUUACCUGU